UGAGAGCUGGCUGUCGAGGAGCUUUGUCCUUUGUCAGUCCCGAGGACAGUGAGUUUUCCGUGUGUUCUCCUCUCCCUGGGAUUUCACGCAUUACUUUCUAAGGUGCAGCUUUGCCAUGGCCACAAAAACACUGGUUUUUCGUAGCCAAGAAGAGCACUCUGAUCAAAGGUUUCAGAGCCUGAGAACAGCUUCCAAGACUACAAAGAGGAAAUUUAAGUCAAGUGAGGAAGAUGUUGUUGGCCAGGACUCCUUUCCCUUUGUGUCCCCCGAAGUUCUGUCUGUGAAAGAAUUCCUGAACCUUGACCCCGCAGCUGCUAAGAAAUCCUGGACUGUGGAAAAACAGAUUGCUGUCACAGAGGAGCAGCUGGAGAUGGAGAAGAGGACACUAUUUGGCAACGAGAUGGAGAAGCUGGAAGUCGAAGUGAUCGAGACUAACAAAGUCUUGAGGGUCAGGGCCGACAAGAAUGCACUGCGUAAAAGGGCUGAGGAGAAGUCUUUGCAGCUGCAGAAGACCUUUGAGGAACGAGAGAGACGCACUCCUGAGGUCCUGUUCCCUCUGAGGCACCACACUGUCUGGGAAGGAAUGGGAGUGAAGCUGUCCUGCACCUUUCAGGGCUGUCCCAAACCAGAGAUCAAAUGGUACAAGGAUGGAGUUCUGCUACAAACCUCUUCUCACCCCGGCAAGUAUAAAAUUCAAAGCAGGUUUGGCCACAACACACUAGACAUCAGCAGGUGCACAGUUGCGGAUUCUGCUGAAUACAAAGUCAUCGCCACAAACAAACUGGGAGAAGCCUCUUCCUUUGCUACCCUUCUUGUUAACUCGUAUCGAGGUGUACAGUCAGGAUGUGACGUCACAAAAAGCACAAUUUUUGUCUCCGAGAUGGAAGCAGACUUUGACCAAGCCUUAAAGCCGUCCUUCCCAAGAGAGGGAGAGUCGCUCGCUCUCUCCUGCAGGUUUUCUUCAGAUUUGCUAUCAUAUCAGCGAGCCCUCCUAUGGUUUAAAGAUGGCAUUCCACUCCAGGAGUCCCAAUGCAGGCAGCUGCACACUGGGUCUCGCUCAGCCACCCUGACGAUAAAUCAGGUUUAUAAGGAGGACGAGGGCUUGUACAGCAUCCUUCUGCCGACUCUCACCGGAGUCAAGCAGCAAAGCGCAUAUGUCUUUGUCAGAGACGCAGCAGCUGCUGUCGCGGGCGCGCCAGGGUCCCCUCUGGACGUGGAGUGCAGUGACAUUAAUAAAGAUUAUGUCUUCCUUACCUGGAAACCACCGAGUGCAGAUGGAGGGAGCCCUGUGGUGGGGUAUUUCAUUGACAGGUAG